AUGGUCACAAUUUGCAAUAAUAGCCACAGUGAUUUCAUCCUCCUUGGAUUCUCUGACAAGCCAUAUUUAGAGAAGAUACUCUUUUGGGUCAUUCUGAUAUUUUAUUGCUUGACAAUUGUAGGAAACAUGGUCAUAGUUCUUGUCUCUUUGAAGGAUCCCAAACUCCACAUUCCUAUGUAUUUCUUUCUUUCCAACCUUUCCUUGCUAGAUCUCUGUUUCACCAGCAGCUGUGUUCCACAGAUUUUAGUUAAUCUCUGGGGUCCAGAGAAGACCAUCCGCUACAUUCACUGUGCCAUUCAACUCUAUGUCUUCUUGUGGCUUGGCGCUACAGAAUGUGUCCUCCUUGUGGUCAUGGCUGUGGAUCGCUAUGUGGCAGUAUGUCAUCCACUACAAUAUACCACCAUCAUGCACCCAAAAUUUUGCCUGCGACUCUCGAUCCUGGCGUGGGGGACUGGCCUGGUUCAGACCCUGAUCCAGUCUUCUGCUACCCUUCAGUUACCCUUCUGCAACAACCGGCUGGUGGAUGAUAUUGUGUGUGAAGUCCCAGCUCUGAUUCAGCUCUCUGGUACAGACACCAUCUACAAUGAAAUUCAGAUGUCCAUAGCCAGUAUUAUUCUCCUAGUGGUGCCUUUGAUCAUUAUUCUUGCUUCUUAUGGUGCUAUUGGUAAGGCUGUGCUAAAGAUAAAGUCAACUGCAGGACAGAAGAAAGCAUUUGGCACCUGCACUUCUCACCUUCUUGUGGUUUUCCUCUUCUAAGGCACUGUCACAGCUGUCUACCUUCAACCUAAGAAUCGCUAUGCUCACGAACAAGGCAAAUUUCUCACCAUUUUUUACACUGUAGUAACCCCUACUCUUAACCCUCUUAUUUACACUUUAAGAAACAAAGAGGUAAAGGGGGCACUAACAAGAUUAGGUAGGAGGACCUGGGAUUCCUAG